UUGUAGCUGGUAUGGUGCGGGGUGUACGUGUUGUUUCGUUAUUUUCGAAUAACCUUCUUUAAUUAUUUAAUUUAUCUGACGAUAUCGCCAAGUUUUUUUUUGUGAUGUGAUUACGAAUCGUGUCCCCGUGUUGAUACAAUGUACAUUUCACAUCUCUACACGCAAUAACUAUUCGAAAAGAAACAUUACAAAUCACGGACCCGUAUUCAUUUGACUGAUAAUAUUUUUGUGUGCUGAAAACUAUUGUUUACAAGUGUCUCGCAUCACCUCGUGGCUAAACCUGUUCACACAGUGUAUAAUAGUGAAUUUAAGUGAUUUUCCCUCGCAGAAAAGUAACCCGGAUACGUUCUAUAACGAGUGCUGAAUGUUUUUUCGUUCUACGAGUCUUUGUUCCUUUUUAUAACCUGACAAUCUCGAGCAAAAACCUCUGUUCUCUUCUGAACAUGUUAUUGCAUUUUUGACAGAAUCAUAAAGAAAGAAACGCAUAGUCAAGCGCCGCGAUGUGGCCGGCACAAGGUAAUAAGUCUGCGAAGGGUGGUGGUUCGACAGCACAGAAUCUUCGCACUUUGGGUAUGACAUCUGCCAUUACUUUAGCGGGACCAAAACCCAGCGAUUACCUGAGGACUAACGAACUUCAUGAAGCUCUCAAGCCUUACAAUGUAUUUGAGUCUGACAAGGAGCUUAAUCACAGAAUGGAAAUCCUAAGCAAACUGAAUAGCUUGGUCAAGCAAUGGAUUAGGGACACAAGUGUGGCUAGAAACAUGCCUCCAAAUGUUGCCGAACAAGUUGGUGGAAAAAUUUACACGUUCGGAUCGUAUAGAUUAGGUGUUCAUCACAGAGGUGCUGACAUAGAUGCGCUCUGUGUCGUCCCGCGGCACAUACAUAGAUCGGAUUACUUCACGUCUUUCUUUGAAUUGCUGAAACAGCAAGCAGAGGUUUCAGACUUGAGGGCAGUGGAGGAAGCCUUUGUACCCGUUAUUAAAAUGAAGUUCGACAGUAUAGAAAUUGAUAUGCUGUUUGCCAGACUAGCGCUAAAGGAAAUCCCUGAUACAAUGGAUCUCAAAGACGAUAUGCUGCUGAAGAAUCUUGAUCAAAAAUGCGUACGAAGUUUGAACGGGUGUCGAGUGACCGAUGAAAUAUUACGUCUGGUACCUAAUAUUGAUAAUUUUCGACUUGCACUUAGGGCAAUAAAACUUUGGGCUAAAAAACACGGAAUAUACAGCAACGUCUUAGGCUACCUUGGUGGUGUUUCUUGGGCAAUGCUCGUCGCUCGAACUUGCCAAUUGUAUCCAAAUGCAGUUCCUGCCACGCUCGUACAUAAAUUUUUCCUCGUAUUCUCCCAGUGGAAAUGGCCGCAGCCCGUCCUUCUGAAGCAGCCGGAUAACGUCAAUUUAAGUUUUCCAGUUUGGGAUCCAAGAAUUAAUGUCUCUGAUAGAUAUCAUUUAAUGCCCAUCAUCACCCCAGCAUAUCCGCAGCAAAAUUCGACGUUCAAUGUCUCCGCAUCAACACGAACAAUUAUGCAGCAAGAGUUUAAGUCGGGUUUGGCCAUAACAGAUGAAAUUAUGAAUGGAACAGCUACAUGGGAUAAACUGUUUGAACCUCCAAAUUUCUUUGGGAAGUACAGACACUACAUUGUGCUGUUGACCAGCAGUUUGACGCCCGAAGAUCAGCUUGAAUGGUGUGGAUUAGUUGAAUCAAAAAUACGACAUUUAAUAGGUACAUUGGAGCGGAAUCCACACAUCACCCUGGCCCAUGUCAAUCCUGAGGUAUUCUCGCCAUUGGAGCCCGCUACCGACCGGCAAUGUUCCAUGUGGUUCAUAGGUUUAAUAUUUGCUAAAAGUGAGAACUUGAAGGUUGACCUUACCUACGAUAUCAAGUCAUUCGCCGAUUCAGUCGAGAGACAAGCAGAACAAAUUCACAUGUUGAAGGAAGGAAUGUGGAUCGAAGCAAAGCCCGUGAAGCGCAAGGAACUCCAUACAUACAUUUCUCCCAGUUUAGUGAAGCGCGAACGUAAGGCUUCCGCUUCCACCACAAUUACUCACAUUAACGGAAGGUCUAGCGGGAAUGGAGGAGGAACAGUUUCGCCAAGUGGAGGUACAGAUAUCUCUUCCAGAAAAAGACGAUCCGACAGUAUGGAUCAGUAUGGAAAGAAACCGAAGGUCCAUGACCCAGAGCAUCAAAUUACACAAGCGGAAGAUGGUUCAUUGGUAGUUGUUCAGUCGUGCGGUGAGGACAGUAACUCUGGAUUCAGCCUGGACGAAUAUAAAGACAAUACGACAGCUGCAAAAGAUGAAAGACCGAACACUGGUGCAGCAGUUGUCCAAGAAGGAUUUGUGUGCACUUGACCGUUGCACGGUUGUUAUCAUCCACCAAUCCAAAGAUGGUCCUCAGGAUCGUCUAGAAUGUAAGCACUCCUCACACCAAGAUCCACUGCCCAUGUUAUGUGAGUCCUUUGUUUCGUAAAAGAAAACGCCGGUUACUGGAGAAGGAAGACCCUCAAACGGAUUAUUAUUACUAAACUUCAAUUUAUUACGAAAAUAGCGGUAUUAAAUGUAAAUGUAUAAAUUCUAGGUGAAAGUGGUGAAACACAAAUGAUGGUUAAUAUUUGUUACGGAUGUGACAUAACGUUUCCCCCUUACAUCUUAUUUCUCUCUUGUAGUCUUCUGCCUUGCUCAUAUUUGUUUUUUCUAAAACUUUUUUUAAAUUUUUUUUCACGAGUAUUUUGAAUAUACUUGUUCACGAUCAAUGGGUGACGCGGUUAUUUAUCAGGCUUUUUACGUGAAAAAUUAAAUAUUCAAGAUUAAACGCAUUAUUUGGCAUAUUGUCAGCGUGUCGGAUUAGCGUAGCUAAUUAUGAGUACUGUUACAAAAGACUAUUUGAGGAAAAAUAAUUUGCCAGGGGGUAAACAACUGCCGUUUGUAAAAUCAGAAUCGUCAAUCAUGAUCAUCUGUUAAAUUGGCCAUCUAGUUCAAUAACUGCUCUCCGUUGAUGAUUAUUUUGAUUGGUUAUUCGUUCGAUUUUAAUUCAUCAAGAUAAUUUUAGCGUUAGAAGUAGAGCACGGACUUAGCGGUACAGAAUUGCACCAUCGAUCAUAGAUCGGUGAAUUGCCUUUCAUUAGGCAAUUUGUUUCCUGUUGAUACGCAAUUCGAUUACCAAGAUACUGAAGAAAGAACUGUGCAUCACAGGAAUGUGUUUUAAGAAAUGUAUGAUGUGCGAUUGUUCAGAUGUUAUGAGAAUGAGCCUCAGUUAAUUUUUACAAAAUCAUAGAAUCCUGUAGCACGGUGCUCGCGGGGUGAUUUUAUUUCUCCAAGUAACAGUUCAGGGCAGUUUUCUUUUAUCGAUCGAUAUCCUUAUUUCUCGUUUCCUAUACUUAGUUGCUUUGGCAUUAUAUAUCGAUCUCCCGUAAUUUUUUUCAACCAGUAACAAUAUACAUUUCUGUUGGUGUUAUGUAUGGGCUGCUUGAUGAACAAAGUUUAGUUACUCAUAUUAACGUGCCACGAAUAUAUCUCUAUUUAGCGGGGAUACGCACGUUUGUGUAAAUAUAUGUCUAUACUAUCGAAAUAAAAGUUAUCCGUUGAGCUGCAGAAGUUAUUGAGUAUUUAUUUAAACUCGUCGUUAUACAGGCUCGACAAGUAUGCUUUCUAUCUCCCAAAGCUAUUUUUUUUACACAUACACGUCUUCUAUGAAAAAUAGUCUUAGAAUACAUCUUACUCCCCGAGUACCGUGAAACUUACUAUGGUGGGAUCAGAUGUUAUUUUAUCAUUUUACACCGCUCAUUUUGUUUCCCACUCUCCUCUAGCAUCUUUAAUCUAGAUUCGUGUACACUUGCCGUUAAACUAUAAGGUGUAUAGCUUUUUUUUUCUUUCUUUUUCUUUUUUUUUUUCUUUUUUCUUUUAAUUCAAGCUCGAUCACAAUAUUUGAUACAAUUUACGCGAAUAUUCUUAUUCAAUUUUCUCCUCGAGAGGCUAUGGCAUUAACGAAAUUGUGGGAAUAAAACCGUGAAAUUUAUGUUUGUUUUGCUGGAAAAAACGAGUUGAUAAUUUUUUUUAGGAAUAGUUUGAACAUUAAACGCAGUUGUUUAUAUUGCUAUUUCUUUUCCCGUCAAUCGCAUCACCACGCGACAAACGGUGCAUCUAACAACAAGUGCAAUAUGUUCUUAUUCUACACAUGCUAAUGAAGACGUACUCCUUAGCAAAUAAAAGUCGAACAUAUAUGAUCAGUGAAAAUGAUUAGAAAUGAUACUGUAAAAAUUUUCAGCGUUAUCAUAGUUCAACCGAAUGGAAUCGGAACGUCAUACUCAAUUGACUGUUGCGAGUAAAUCUCUCCGAGUUAAUUAAAUAGUAGGUAUUUAGAUAGAAAUCUUGCUAAAGGGAGGAAUUAGUAACUGUUAUUAUUAUUACGUUGUUUUUAUUUAUUUUCUCUCCAUUCAGUUGAGUCAGGGUAUCAUCCGAUGGGUGUCCUUGCUCCAAGCAAACGAAAAUAAUUUUGUCGCGUAACACUAGACAUAAUACAGCAAUGUGGAGAGAGAAUGAAUUUAUUUGUUAUGAUCUAAGCGAACUCUAUUUCAAAUUCGGACCAAUCGAGUUUUUGUAGUUUGAUACAAAUCAAAUUCCUAUGCAUACCUAUCCUAUUAGUUACAAGGGCAAUACGAUACUACUUGUGUGGGAAUUCGAAUUAACAUUCCAUUAUUUGUAUCGAAAUAGCAAUAAAAUUAAUUUGCAGUUCUCAGUUAGUCGAGUUUACAGGAUAUCUUAUUUUUUUCACUGCAAGAAACUAUGACAGUGCUCCGUGUACUCUGAUCACGGGACGACCGAAGGAAUAUUGUCGUUAGAUUAUUCUUAGAUUGUCGAGGGUAUGUACGGAGCAAAAGGAUUGGGAAGAAUAUUGAUAAACGAAACUUGCUGUAAGUAAUAAAUAUAUGAUAAAUAAUGUAAUGAUAAUAAUAAAAUAUUGAUAAUUCAUCAUCCGCGAUAUUAAUGCGAAUUCAAAAUUCAAACAGUCCAUGUGUUAUGUUAGUUUUGGUUUUUAUAUAUAAUAUUUUUAAUAGCAUACGGAAUUAUAUGAAAAAAUUUAUCUCGUAAGCGGUAUGAAUUUUCUCUUCUCCAGCAAUGUUAACGAACACUACGAAUAACAUUUGGUUUAUUUACAAAUCGAAUGUAAAUUACAUUACUUACAGAAUUGUUUGACUGGUUUAACAAAUCAAUGUUUAUAUCUUGGAGAUAUGGCUUUAUUAAACCGAACAUUAUUCGUGUAGAUCUUGAUGAAAGUUUGUAACU